UUAGAUGACAGUUAGUAGUAGGCAUUGGAAGAUAGGAUUGGUGUGACUUGUUGGAGAUCAUUUGUAUUGCACUGUGAUUUACUUUACCGAUGAGUUUAUCUCUACAUGGACAUUUUGAAUGACUUAAACUUAUCUUGUGAUGCCACGUGACCAUUGCAGCUUUGUACUCAAGUUCUGUAUUGCCUUAGACCACAAAACAUCUGAAAAGUUAAAACCAAAACCAGUGCAAAACUGUAUUUUAAUUAAUCCAUGUAAUUUUUUCUCCCAUUCUCCCUCUCUCCUUCUCUCUCUCCCUUCACAGUGUAAAACCAUGGCCUUCCACAAGCGUAUUAUUCUGAGGUCUCUGGGCAACGGGCAGGCCAAGCGGAACCUGUUUGGCCCGGUGGACCGCGAGCAGCUGCAGCAGGACUACCACUUGGCACUCAGGCAGGACCUGGAGGAGGCCUCGCGCCGCUGGGGCUUCAACUUCCUCACCGAGAAGCCCCUGGAGGACGGAGACUUCCUCUGGGAAGGCAUCUCGGGCUCCAAGGUGCCCCUGGUCUACCGCUCCUCCACCCUCCGCAACAAGCACCUCGGCUCCAGCAACAACCACCUCGGCCCCAGCAGCAGCAGCAACGGCGGGUCCGCAUCCUUUUCCUCAUCAUCCAGGUCUUCGGGGGCCGGUGGUGUUUCCACAGAGAUGAGAGCUGCCGGCGGGGCCACGCCCGGCCCGUCGCUGCAGAGCGGGGGGAAGGAGAACGUACGCAGGACGCCGGAGAGGAAGAUGAGCAGCCUGCGCGACCUGGAGCGAACUCCGGAGAAGAGGAGCGCCAAGAACAACUCGCUCAAGAGGAAGCAGACCAACAUCACAGAUUUUUACCAGGCAAAGAGAAGGGUCGUGGGCACACCCAGGAAAUCAGGGCAGUGAGGAGCCCGCCGCUGAAGGGGGUGACCCAGGAAGCUCAUUGGCAGGCUGCUGGACAAACUCACUACUUCUCUCAGGAACUUCCAACCUCAACACCGGCACUGUACACACUUUGUAAAAAAAAGAAAAGAAAAGAAAAAAAGAAAGAAACCUGCCCUUGGGACUUGUACAUAGAAACCACACAAUACUCUAGCCUCUUGACAGUGCCUCCGCGGGAGACCUUCUGAAUAUACGGUUAUCUCAUGCAAAUGCCAUUAGCCCUCCCCGGCUCUGUGAAAAAAGCUGUGUAUGUGUAUAUGUAUGUGAGAGAUAGUGUGUGUGAGUGAGCGACAGAGAGAGAGCGAGAGUGUGAGUGCGUGAUGAGGGGGGGUGAGGGACGGUGGUGUUGUGUAAUUUUUGCUCUUUAAAAGUGGCCUUGUAAAAUCGAUGUGGACUCAAUGGGAGAGUGGUCCAGAAACUACCUUGUCUGAUUAUUGCUCUACCCUGGACCAACUUGAAAUGUGCCACUAGUUUUGUGCGGCGUGUAAUCUGAGUCUUGAAUUGUAUCAUGUACACUAUUUGCCAGUUCUACGAAGCCUUCAUAGGAGAAGUGAGACCAAAAUAGCAGUGCCUUGAUUGUGCAUUGCGGUGCACACACUCUAGGUACCCAUUCACCAUCUUAGUUGUUGAGCCGUGGUUAUGUCAUAGGGAACAGUCUCAGUUCAAUAAUGAGGCACACUCAUCACUUGACACUCAAGUAUUAGGAACAGUUAUCCAAAGGUGCGUAAUCUUCUUAAGGUGUAUGAUGUUUUUUAUACUCAUUGUUGUUUUACAGUUACAAUAACACUGAAUUUGUGUUUGUAUGAAGAGUGCAUGUUCCGUAGCAAAAUGUUUCAAGAAAAAUCAUGCCAGGUUGUGUGAAAAGAACCAAGUAAAAGAAGAGGCCGAUGCAGUGCACAAAGGGUUAAGGAUCUCUCCAUAACCCUGAACUGCCUGCUGUUGUAAUGCGGUUUGAGUUAAGCUCAGUCUAUUGCAAAAGGUUUUGGUGUGUGUUCUGUUGAUAUAGGAGGAAAAAAGAGAACUAUCUUGACAACUUUUGACACGUGUUUUUUUCUAUUUUAUUUCCUUUUCACGUUGAUCUUUGAAUCCUCUAAACCACCCAGAGCUUUAGCUCGACUUUCUCAAUACUGCAGGCGUACUACGUAGCUAAAAUUAAUAAGUGCCAUAACCUAUCAGGCAAUAUUUUGGCCUUUGAAGGAGUUCUCAUUAUCAGAAAUACCUCCUCCGUCUAUUAAAGUAAGCUAAUGCACAAUGUAUUAAAUUCAGAGUGCAAUUUUUUUUUCUAUUAAGCUCUAUCUGGAUUGCCAAAAAGUUGAUCCAGAAGUUUAAUUUAUUUUUUUUAAGUAUUUUUCUUAAGCUGCUAUGGGUGGCACAUUGUGGGGAGAAUCAGGCAGCAUGAAAGCUGAAAGACAUCAAAACAGACACCAACAAUCUAAAUGGCUUUGAAAUGAAUGUUCCACCCUGACAAAAAAUGUCAUGUUUAGUAUCAGCCUGCAGUACCCUAGAAAUUGCCCUUAACCUGUUUGCAACUAUGCACAGGGUCCCAUCCUCCCUUUUGUCUAAAUGUAUGUCAAAGUAUAUAUAUAUAUAUAUAUAUAUAUCUAUAUGUUCUAUGUAUUUAUUGCUGAAGAUGUCACACUGUGCUGUAGUCAUGCUUUCACUUAAUUCUGAGAUGGAAAUAAAACUACACAUACUCUAUGUCUGUCGACUCUUCUCGAAUGUUUAUCUGUGAUCUGUUUUAUUGUGGUGUAUAUAUGCUUAAUGGUUAAGCAUUUACAACAGGGUGUUCGUACAUGACCUC